AUAGAGUUUUUCUAUACUAGCAUUUAAUAAAACUUUCCUAAAUAAUUCACUGCAGAAGUUUCCUAUAUCAGUUCAGAAAAACUAUCCGAGCUAAUAUAAAAAUAUCGCGAAAUACUGCACCGAACAAUUUCUUGGCAUCCUAUUAUUUGAACUAUAUCUCAUAGUCGUGAUUAAGUCAGAAUAGUUUGCCAAAUCGUACAAAAGAACAAAAAUCCAUUUCUGUUCCCGGACGAAAGGAACAGUAGGUGUUCGGUGCAUUGGCAGUCGCUCUUGAAUCUCUCAAGAGGGUCGGUCAUGAGUGGCGCCGAUUACUAUCGCAUUCUGGACCGCUGCGGCUAAGUUUAGGUGACCACGUCGCACAAGUGCGCGUGCACGACGGAAAACGGUGGUGCCCGUUAAAUGUACGCACAGAAAAACACGAGCGAUCAACGUGCGACAUAAAAUUGACGCUGACCAUCUGUCUGCCUGACGUGCCCGAAGAUAGCAAAUCGCUCGGACUUCAGCCUGGCCAAGACCGUGCAGGCCAGCCGCGUGACCAAGGAGAUUUUUCCACGUACUGGAAAGGACCUGAAAAGACUACCCAUGCCGUUGAUGUUUGCCAGCACUCGUGCCCGCAGCGAGAUGAAGGAGAUCCAGCAAGAAGCGAUAAGCAAUAUUAAGCUGCAGGCGUUGAAAGAUGUUCGGAUGAUGACCGAGGUGAAUGACGCGUUGAAGCAUGCUAAAAGUCUUCGUGGAAAAUCUGCGAAAGCAAUAGAAUUUCAUCUGAGGACAGAAGCGCUGAAGAAUCUGUCCAAGAGCCAGGAGUUGGCUGAUAUCCGGAAAUUUCAAAAGGAAACCGUGAAUUCUCUCUGGGACGACACGGUACGCAGCAGAUUGAUGAACGAAAGGGCCAAGGUUCUAAUUGAUGAGGACAAGUUGACGCAGCCACUUAAUACGCUCAGCAGAGAGCUGCGCGGAUUCGAGCAGAAGUCCAACAAUUAUUUUCUAGAUAAGAGGUAUCAAGAUCGUGCGAGAUGGGAACUUUUGUAUGGUUGUCGAGGAUGCGAGUAUUAUAAUGUUAAGCGUAGUAGAUAGAUAAGAGUUGUGACGUUAUCGAGUUCUCAGUAGAAAAAUGGUACAAUAUUUUAAUUUUUAGAAAAGAAUAAAAAUGCGUGAAAUA